GGGUCCCUCAGGGUGGGGAAUAGGUGUGGGGAGGGGCUCCUGCCUGCAGAACUGCUUCCACCACAGCAGGUCUGCCUUACGUGCUUACACUUGGUCCGGAGUAAGAUUUGUUUUGGACAGAUUCCACGGGGCGGGGGCUGAUGUCUGCAUGGGGCUCCUCCCUGAGCAGGAGUCCUGUCACCUGGGCUGCAGGUGGAGGGAGGGAGAGAAGGCACUCCUGUCUAACCCUCCCAUCCCCCCACUCUGUGGCAGACAUCCCUUCCCCUUGACUCCCUUACUCUGCCCCUAGUUCCAGCUCCGGCAAGGAUGUUGUUAGCGUCGGCAAUGAGAGUGUUGGUGCUGCUGCUGCCCCUGAGUCAGGCCGCUCCCAAGGAUGGAACCGCGAGGCUGGACCCCGAGGUGCAGCAGCAGCCCCUGUCCAACCCCUUCCAGCCAGGCCAGGAGCAGCUUCGGCUUCUGCAGAACUACCUACAGGGACUGGAGAGGAUGGAAAAGGAGCCAGAGCACAUGACCCGGGAGCAGGUUCUCCUCUACCUCUUUGCCCUCCACGACUAUGACCAGAGUGGACAGCUGGAUGGCCUGGAGCUGCUGUCCAUGCUGACUGCGGCUCUGGCGCCUGGAGCCGCUGAUUUUCCCGUCGCCAACCCGGUGAUCCUCGUGGUGGACAAGGUGCUCGAGACCCAGGACCUGAACGGGGAUGGGCUCAUGACCCCUGCAGAGCUCAUCAACUUCCCCGGAGAGGCCCCAAGGCACACAGAGCCCAAAGAGCCCCCAGAGCCCCAAGAUGUUGGGAGGCAGUCCCCGUUAGCUAAAAGCCUGUCAGGACAAGAGCUGCAGGGAGCCCCGGGUCCCAGAGAAGAUGGGGGACAGGUAGAGGCCAGAAGGGAGUCCUCGGAGCCUGUACAGGAGGCUGGGGGACAGGCAGAGGCUGAAAGAGAAGCCCCAGGCCCUGGAGCAGAGGCUCCGGGACAGGCCGAGGCCAGGGACACUGGAAAGGAAGCAGCGGCACUUCCAGGGGAGACACUGGAGUCUACGGACACCCCAAAUGAGUUUGAAGCUCAUGUUAUUCAACUGGAGAACGAUGAGAUAUAAAGCUUGAGGAUAGAGACUCGCACCCCUAGAAGUCUCAGUACCAGAACAUAGGCCCCAGAGAGUGGGGUGUGACUGCGGGGACGAGGACCACCUCCCUGUCUGCUUCCAGGCCCCAGUCUUUCUGUGCAGCUCACGGGGACCCGAAGGUGAGGGGGCAGCGUUAGGGCCCAGACAACCAAUAAAGAACUGGAUGAACUCA